UUUGACGUCAGCAACCUGUAAAUGAACGAAUGAACUAACGAAGGACCGAGCCCCUACCGGAGCUACCGGGAGGCAGUAGAGUUACAGAGCGAGUACCCGCUGGAGGAGCCAAACGGAGGAAGGUCCACUGUGAGCCGCCGUGAGAACCAAACGAUGCCAGCGCUGCUCACCGCCGCCCAUUAACACGUACUAUCGACGAGCGGAGAAGAAGAGAACCGUUACCGUGAUUUACCAACAGAGAAACAGAACAGAGACGGAGGACGGACGGACGGACGGACGGACAGACCAACACCGAGACCACGCUUGAGAAGCAAACUGCUACAAGCUGCGGAGGCUACAUCGUGUUGUUGUUUUUUUGCGCUGUGGAUCAAACCGUGUGGAUCCUUGAUUUAAAUGCUUUAACGGUGCCGUACCACCGGUUUGAGAGCGAGACAGAGGGAGCUGCCUAGAGAGUGAAAGAAAGAGACUGAGGGAUCAUAGAGGGAUCGAAGGCACCGCGCAGAAAAGGAGGAAAUAAACCAAGAUAGAAAAAAAGAAGGGUUUGCAUCCAGAUUUGUUUCCACGCACGAGUUUCAUUGAAUCCAUCUUUUUAUUGCUUUUUUCUUCCGUGGAUCCCGGUACCGGUAACGCCAUCAAGCUGUGUUCUCUAACCAUGGGAUGUACUCUGAGCGCAGAGGAGAGGGCGGCUCUGGACCGGAGCAAAGCCAUCGAGAAAAACCUCAAGGAGGACGGUCUCACCGCGGCCAAAGAUGUUAAACUGCUGCUGCUCGGGGCUGGAGAGUCAGGGAAAAGCACCAUCGUCAAACAGAUGAAAAUCAUCCAUGAGGACGGUUUCUCUGGUGAUGACGUAAAGCAGUACAAGCCUGUGGUUUACAGCAACACCAUCCAAUCUCUGGCUGCCAUCGUCCGUGCCAUGGAUACACUGGGCCUGGAGUAUGGAGACAAAGAACGCAAGGCGGAUGCCAAGAUGGUUUGUGACGUCGUCAGUCGUAUGGAAGACACGGAGCCUUACUCCGCCGAGCUGCUCUCCGCCAUGAUGCGUCUGUGGUCCGACUCCGGCAUCCAGGAGUGCUUCAGCCGCGCCCGAGAGUACCAGCUCAACGAUUCAGCGCAGUACUACCUAGACAGCCUAGAUCGGAUUGGUGCAGCAGACUACCAGCCGACAGAGCAGGACAUCCUGAGGACCCGAGUGAAGACCACAGGCAUUGUUGAGACACACUUUACCUUCAAAAACCUUCACUUCAGGCUGUUUGAUGUGGGAGGUCAGAGAUCGGAGAGGAAGAAGUGGAUCCAUUGUUUUGAGGAUGUCACAGCCAUCAUUUUCUGUGUGGCACUCAGCGGAUAUGACCAGGUGCUGCAUGAGGACGAGACCACGAACCGCAUGCAUGAAUCUCUGAAGCUCUUUGAUUCCAUCUGUAACAACAAGUGGUUUAAGGACACUUCCAUCAUCCUCUUCCUGAACAAGAAGGACCUCUUUGAAAGCAAGAUUGUCAAGUCACCACUGGCCAUCUGCUUCCCUGAAUACACUGGUCCAGACACUUACUUGGAGGGAAUAGCCUACAUUAAGUCUCAGUACGAGAGCAAGAACAAGUCCACCAACAAAGAGGUCUACUCCCACGUGACCUGCGCUACAGACACCAACAACAUCCAGUUUGUCUUUGAUGCUGUCACUGAUGUCAUCAUAGCAAAUAACCUGCGAGGCUGCGGCCUUUACUGAUGAUGCUUUGAAUGUUAGCCAGUGGUUGACGGGUGUUUGACUUGUAUAAACCCAUGUAGGUACCACAUGUUAAUAAUGUUAAUACAUGUGGUACCUAUGUGGUAUAUACCACAUAGCUUGUGUGGUCCAUGUUAGUGAUGUCAUCAUGUGACAGCCAGUCAGAUAUGUUGUGUAGGUUGUGUUCAUCAUACUGCUUAACCAUAAGGCUGACCAUCAGUCCGACCUGACUCUUAAUUAAUGAAUUGAAUGGUUGGUUGGGACUACUUUUAAUCUUUUUUUUUUUUUCUUUUUUAAUUCCUCAUGUCAGUACCUAAAGAAGAGCCAGCAGCACAUUCCAGUAACACUGUACUUCAUGUGUUUAAUUGUACUUAAACUCCAGAUCUGUUGCUGAUGUGCUGCAGAAAUCUUGCACAGUACCUACAGAUGAUUCUCCAGGGACGCAAAGUUCCUCAGACUUCUUUGUACAUAUAGCAGUGCCUUACUCAUAGAAGUAGACUGAAUGCAGUUUAAGUGCACCUCUCUCUAGGAGCAAUCCUCAAAAUGAUAUAGUGGGAAUUAUUCCUGUACCCCAAGAAUGUCUAAUUAUUUUGAAUUAAAUUUGAGCUGUUACUCUUUUAUGCCAUAGAUGUGUGCCUUAGUCUAAUGAAGGGCCAAUGUGAAACAGCUUUUAAACUAUGUUAUUCAGUGAGUACUUGUCAGAGUCAAGUUCAGUUCACUCCAAGUUUAGUUGUUCUUCAGACUUUAGAUGAUAGAAGAUUGCAUCUAGCCUGCCAAGAACAGAUUCAAAGAAAAUGCUAAAUCAUCAGACAGAAACAUAGAACUGUGUGUCAUGGGGGACCCUAUUGGCCUAGUGGUUAAGGCACAUGCUCUGUAACUGCUACAUCCCCAUUUUGAUUCUAGCCAGGGACCUUUGCUGCACACACAUCCUGUGUUUCUGUGAGACAAGUUAGCUUUUGUCGCGUUGUGAUAUUUGUUUUGAAGAUCCUGCUCAGAUGAAUGUGGUAUGCUGUUAGUCAUGCCCUUUGAUAAAUGCAUACAUAAAUAAAAGACAUUAUGAACUAAAUCAUAAUAGAUAAAUACAGAAAAAAUAGAUGAACUAAUCAUCAAACUGAUAUUUAACUCGUUACAAUGAACAUAACCACAGCAACACUUUUAUUGAAAUUAAUAUCUAUUUCGUAGCAGUUUGUGAGUCUGAUAAGACGGUGGCGUCAUGUGAUUUGCUGGUGAGUGAGGGUGGUAGUAAUUGUAACAAUGUUAUGAUAUUUAACAUUAUAAAAACAAGUUUUUUUUAUUUUAGAAAAUAAAAACCUGAAAUAAUGAAAAACAUAUAUUUUCAUAUUUCUAAUCUUUAAUUUCUACAUAUUAUAAGUUCAGAAUGUCUUUUUAUUAGUAUACAAUAUUCAUUAUUCAAUAUUUGCCUUUGUGAAGUUCCAUAUUAAGCAGGGUGAUGCCUUUCAACAAAAAGGACUAAUUAAUGACACCCUGUGCAUUCAUCUCAUCCCACCCUCCACUGGCCUCAGAGAAACAUGCAGAAUCAAAACAGUGUCAUGUCAGCUUCAAUAUAGCAAAGCUUCGCUCACUAAAAACCUGAGGGAGCAGAGGGAUUAUCAGGGAGAGUGGACAGUUCAAAAUGCUUAAUAUAAUGAGACCAAAAGUAAUCUCAGUUAUGAAACACAAUUGUUAUCAUAUAUAGUUUUUCUGCAGUGCCUUUUUUUCCUCGCAUUUUGAAUUGGUGCCAUUUUGAUAACCACUUCAGAUUUUAAAGGCCCAAUAGUCACACCUUAAAGUCCCUAUUUGCAGGAUUUCUGACUUUGUCAACUCCUUGUGGGACUAUCAAAAACAAUAACAACAAAAAAAGACUGUGUUGUUAAUCCAAAGCCUUGGCGCCCAUGUGUUUUAGUCUUGGAUGCAUCUCCUCAGGAGAAAGAAAUACUGUAAUUUGAAUUGUACUGUAAAAAAAAAAUAUGGACAUUUUCUUUCUUUUGCCCUUCAACCUAAAUUUAUAGUUAGCAAGGAAAUUGCUAUUUAUGGGGCUGCAUUUAUCAGCUCUGGUCAUAUUUCAGAAUUGAUUUUUCAGGCUCUCAUGUUGCAGCACGCAUGGGUCCACUAUAAAAUCACUUUAAACCAAGAGCUACAAGGGCUGGUAUGCUGACUCAACCAGACAAUUCCCAGAUAAUGCUUCAAUGGAAGCAUUGAUUUUAUAGGGCCCUAGGGCCUCAACCAUUGUGUAGGGCUGCACAGUGUAAUAUCCCCAUUGUCCACCACUCUGCCUUAAUAAGCCAGAGGUGAGCUUUGCAAGAUUGUGUGCUGGUGAGCACAUACAGUCCUCUGGGACAAGAAUGUCAAGCUUGUGACUAUUGUUUUAGCCUUGAUGUUUUGCCUUUUGCUAAAUGACUUCCAUUUCCGGUUCUUGGCUAGAUGUCCCAGAGCUGCUGUAGGAUUGAGGUUUGAUGCGGGGCACAGCUUAGUUGAAAUGAAAAUUGAUGUGUGCUAUUUGUAGGAACAGUUGGUAUUUGAGUCUCCAUAUUAAAGUCAGAGAGACGCAUGUAAUAUCAGGAAAAUAUCAUCAGCUCCUCCCUCCUCUCUUUAUAAGCGAAACUUUACAGCAUUGUAUAGACACUGAGCUCUGUUUGUCUGUGGGACUUUGUUGAAUUGACCAAAGUGAGUGUGUUUAUAGCUUUGCUGCUAUGAGUGCUCCCUGGCAAACAGAGGCAGAGAGCAUCUUUAUUUAUUUAUGAGGAAGGCAUUUGCUGUAUUCCACUUUUCCCUUCACACUCAAACAGGGAGGGCGUGUCUCCUCCCUCUGCUCAAAGUUGCGAUUUUUUUAAACAGGUGGAUGACGUCAUCAGCUCUUCCUAGCACAUCUGUGCCAACAUUUCCUAAUUAGAGACAGAGAGCUGCUUACGGCUGUUGAUCAGCCUGCUUUGUGUGUGCGUGCGUUUCUGAUUGUGUAACAGAUCGUAUAUAGUACAGGAAAGGUGUGUGUGUGUGUGUGUGUGUGUGUGUGUGUGUGUGUGUGCAUGUGAAUGCAUUUGUGCAUGUGUAUGUGUUGUGGAAAAGACAACAUCAGCCCAUGGGUUUUGUGGUGGAGUCAGUAUCUGGAUUCAUUACCCAGAAGGCACCUGUCUACCCUUUCCACACAGACAGGCCCUAGGCACGUGCACACAUGCACACACACGCACUGAAGACACAAACAUGCCCAUGGGACUUCUAAAUGUCACAACACCUUACUUUCCAGCGUCAAAUAAUACCACUGUAUCCAACCAAAGAGCCUCUGCCGUUUUUUGGUUCUUUUGCCGAACAAGAAACCUCCUGCCAUUUGCACUGAAGGCAUUUAUCAUCUUCUCCUCUGACCUGUUACAUCUAUUAUAUGAUGUGAAAGUAAAGUGAUCUUUCUGCGUUAACUAUUUAAUUAUUGGUCUCAGGAAGACAUGACUUAAAAUAUACAUCAAAAGUGUCUGAUCUGAAGUUAAUGCAAAAAGAUUUUAAAAAGUAUUAAUUAAAAUAAUAUACUAUUAAUUAACUUUUUACUUCUCCUUUUACUCCUGUCAGUGGUUACAUUGUGCAUAGAAGCUUCCGUCCUUUUUUUAAUACAAAGUGUGCAUGUGUCCAGUUUUGUUUGUCAUUUACAUAGAAGCAAAUAUUUCCCACUGACAUGCUGAAAACAAUGAGCAUCUGUGCCUAAUGUUUAAAUUUGGAGGUUUUUUUUCAUUUCAGUAUGACAAAACAACAAAACAAACUAACCUAACUUUUAAUAACAAUAAUAAUACAUUUUAUUUAUAAGCACCUCUCUGGCCACUCAAGGACACUGUACAAUAAGCAAUAAAACAAUGGAUAAAAUUAACAUACAAUGACAUAACAUAACAAUGGAUGACUAUGAUAGAUUCUUGCACAGUUAAAUUACAGGAUUUUCCUGUACCUUGUUUGAUUCAGUUGUAUGAAGAAUGGAUGCUCACAGAGAUGUAGUUUUUGGCCUCUGACUUUAUGCCUGAGAGCCUAAAGGGCAUCCAGCAGUAGACACAGCACUGCAUUAGUAGCAGUUGACACAAGCUGUGGAACACCAGGCUGGUGAAAUUUCCAUCCACACUAAGUUAGUGAGCUCCAAUUCACAUUCAGAUGAUUUAUUUGCCCUCCGGAUGGCAAUGGCAGCGCACUGUUCGGGUUUCGUCUUCCAACUUCUUUCAUGCCUGUAUUAACCUCUGGCAGUGAACAGAGUGAGAUAUAUCUAUGAUUCUGCUGUACAGAUUCUUCAGUGGCAUACUAAAUCACUCAGAAUAUCAGAUGCAUUUAAAAGUAAAUUAUCCCUCAAUUUAUUCACAAUGUACAACAACACUUGAAUAUUUUAUGACAUUAGCAAAGAACUGAAUUUAAAUGGCUACAACUGUGUUUUUGCAUGUUUAAAUCAAUUGCUACAAAUCCCAUUCCAUAGUAUAUGUUUCCAACCUUUCAAGCCACUCUUUAGUUUCACUUAGUUUUGUACAGCAUUGAAGUCACAUUGCAGACACUUAGAAUUUGGUGUUUAGGUAAUCCAUCAUACUGUGAGCAUCAUGUCUGCGUCUAGUGUUGUCAAAAAGUCAUUAUCAUUGUGUGAAAAUGCAAACUUUUAAGUGCGGACCGAUUUUCUAGUCACUUCAUUACAUCUCUAAAACAAUGCAGCAGCAAAAAGAAACACAGACAUGAUACUAAAUGUUAGUUGUGAUGCCAUUAACAAACUCAAACCAGUUAUAUAAUUCAAGUUGAAAAAACAGGGGCUGGCUAGAAAGUAGUACAACAGAAUUCAUCUGUGCAUCUUAGCAAAAUAUGUUGCUCAAUAAACUCACAUAUGGAACUGCUUGCAAGGCCAGUUAGUAAACUGCACAUUGAACAGGAAAGAUGACUGCUAACAUGCUAGCUAGCAUACACAUUUGAUUUGAUCAGUUCUUACAGUUAAUUCAAGAGAGGUAUUAAACACAUCAGCUUUUGUCUCAUGUCUAUUUUGUAGAGCAGAUUAGGGGAGGUUAAAUAAAACUGGAAUUGCUUAGCCAUGAUAUCUUUCUCCAUUUUGACUUUUGACUUGAAAGUGAAGGGUGGCUUUCCAAAGUCUAGCUAAAAUUUUCCCACUAUUAAUGACAGUUUCAUUGGAUUGGACAAUCUGAAACACACCAGUAUGAUCUUAGAAAGCUGAAUUUAAAAGUAACUCUGAAACUAAAUAAAACUAACUUUUUUAUUGGAGGAGAACAGAGCACAGCAAUUUGAUUAAGCGCCCUACUUGUGCUUCAUCCCACUGAACUCAGUUAUGCAAAAGGUGUAGUCCUUCACAAGCCAAAAAUGUGUCUCAUCUCACAUAGGAUCAUUUGAUUUGCUCUGUCUUUGUUUCUUGCAUUCAAACCUCUCCACUGUCUCUCUCUCUGAUCCACUCUGCCCGCCCUCUCUCUGCAACACUGAAGCUCUAAAGCUAUUAGUGGUUUAUAAGGUGCAGACAGGAUUGAUGCUUCCACAGAGGAGAACUAUGAGAAGCUCACUCCGUGUGUGUGUGUGUGUGUGUGUGUGUGUGUGUGGUGUGUGUGUGUGUGUGUGGGCAUGUAUAUGUGUUUGUGAUUUUCACAACCUGUCCCUACUGCUGAUGAAUUACCAAUAACCCUCAAACAACCAGUGGGAAAUCACAUCAGCAAGCGAGGCCAAGAGGGUAGUGGGUUAUGUAGUUUAUGUCCUGCCUCAGUCCCAAUAAUAAAUAAUAGAUUCCCAUAUGCUGCGGUGAAGAAGAGAUUUGUGGGUAAUGUAGUCUUAGGCCAUGCAAGAGAGGUUUAUGGGCGAUAAUGUUUUUUCUUCUUUUUUUUUGGUGGCUGGCUCUGGUGUGGAUAAUACAAUCAGUGGUCCAUUCAGGUAACAAAGGUCCUGUGUUGCUGUUUUUGUGGGCAGCAGGUGGCAUCACAAAAGAAAUGUUUGUGCCAACUCAAUACCUUAGCAACAUAAAACAGCUGUUGAAAUGUCACAGUGGCAGCCAAAUGAAGAACUAUUCAGAUUGAAUUUCAUUCCCAAAAUUUAGUGCCAAAUGUUUCCCACGUAAGAUUUAAAUGAGCUCCUGUGGUGUCUUUUUGCUGACUUAUUUAUGCAUCAAAUUUAGAAGUAGAGUUUUGCCUGCAAAUGCUUUUGGGUCGUGUUAUAAUAUGUUCAGUUCCUACUCAGCUUUGCCAAGUGAUGAAAUGAGCACUUAAGCCUCUGCAAAGUCAAGGAAAUCCCUGCUCUGCUGCUUGACUGAGAGAGAAGUCAGAAAGCCGCAGGGCACAUGACCACAAUGAACUUGGGUAGAAUUAAGGAGGCAGAGUAUAAACUGGUAAAAGUCCUUACACCCGUGCUCUCAGUGCUGUAGCUUUUAAUGUCCAUUUAACCCAUCUGUUCAUUCUGCAUCAAUACCAACCAACACCUGUCAAUACUGUACAGAUCACCUACAGCAAAUGUGUGUGUGUGUGUGUGUGUGUGUGUGUGUGUGUGUGUGUGUGUGUGUGCGUGCGUGCGUGUGUGUGUGUGUGUGCUGUAUUUUACUGAGCACUGUGAGUAAAAUGUAUCUGCUGUAACUCCCUCACUGCUGUGAUAAUUUAUUGAACAUUGUAUUUAUACAUAAGAGAAAUGAUAAUAAAGCACCACAUGAGUAACGUGA